AGAGACAACAAGCGAAACUUCGUUAGACCAACGGACUAGGCUUUGCUCAUCCCUCAGACAUAGAUGAAGGCUUUCCCUCCAACUCCAAGAGAUUAUUAUGCAGAACCCAUUCCUUUUGUUUUUCGAUUUCUCAUAGAGAUAGAAGUAAUGACAUCUGGCUAUUGAUGAUGUAGUUCAAGCUAUACUCCUAGAAGUUGCCAAUGCCAUCCACUACACUUCUAUGACGUAAUGCCGUAAGUACCAAUCUGGAAAAAAAUGGCCUCGUACACUUGCGCGUUUGUGUGUGGCGAACAGAGGGUAUUUGCGGAGCGAAAGGGAGUGUCCAUCUGCACACCGCUCUUGUCGUCCUUCGGGGGGCUUCUUUUUGGGUGUAGCCUCGCGUUUCUGGUCUACAGCAUAGGGUCUACGGCAACCGUCUACGUUUGGGGAUUCGUUUUCUACUUAUGAAAAAGUGUUGACCUAACGCUCCCAUGAUGGGAGGUGCAAAGUCUAUAAGUAUGCAUGAUUGAUGUUCAUAAUGUGUAGUAUAUUCUUCAAUAUGUUGGUGUUGCUAGCUCUUCCCCUACCACUUACGUACGGUCGUUUGGGAUGCAGUAUGUGGAAAAUGCAAAAAGUGGACCCUAGACUACAAUGAAGACAUGACGCUCAUGGCUGGCGCAAAGAGAGUGGAAAUCAUGCGAUCCCAUGAAGCAAGAUGUAGAAGGAAGUAGUUGCUAGUGGUCUCUUCUUAACCCCUGGAGGGGGUGCAUUCAUUCAUUCCCCUACCACGACCUAUUGUCCUAUAAAUUCCCUUCCGUUUUGUAUGAUGAUGUUUCCCUACCACGACCUAUUGUCCUAUAUUCCCUUCCUAUAAACUCUUCUUCCAUCUGAUUUAUCUUCUUAAGAACUACGUAUGGCAAACGAUUGCCCCUAGGCAUGCCGUCGCAUACUUAUAUUGAAAACUUUUACUUUGUCCUAUAUGCCCUUCCGUCAUCUCUAAUAGUGGCAACGAUUUUAUUUUUUGCGAUCCAUGUGUUUGUGAAAAAGCGGGACUUCGACUUCUGGAAUAUAGUUGCGUUUGGUGGUGUUGCUUGCACAACAUGUUAAGGCUAAUGAGCAGUGGUCACUAUGUAGGUGUUGGGUUUCGUCUUGCUAGUAGCUUAGGAUGGCUACGACCUGCGACGCCAUGACGAUGAUGUGCUCAGGUAUCCAUUCUGAGUGCAAUUCCUCUCUUGCAAUUUCAGGGAGGAGGAACGCAAGGGGGAAUCACUCAGCCAGGGAUCAUAGUGAUCGACUAGCGUUAAACAAGGUUAGCGCUAUUGGCACUGAGUGGCCUUUUACAACGGGUGCACGCAGCAUUUCCGCAUUUUUGGGAAGGAGCCGCACUCCUAGGCAUGAUGGGCGUCAUAUUAGCGGUGAUCGCGUAUUUGUACAAGGCGCUUCUUUUCACAGAGGAUGUGCGGAAACAUCGGAUACAAUAUAUGGCCAGAAGAAGACAGGCUUCUCGAAAACUGAAAAUAAGCGAGUUAGUGACUGCAAUAGGAGAGCUACCUUUGCAGGGCUACUCUAUAAUUAAAGUGCGAUUUCUUCUGUCGUUGAUGUCAAGGGAGGCAACGACAGAUCGGAAGUCAGAAGCGACAGAUGAUUCAGUACACUUUUCCCCGUUCAUACGACUAGUCUUCUCCGAUCACACAGUAGUAGACGCGUGUUCCGAGACAGAACGAAUAGAGGACCAAGAAUCUGCGAUAGUUCAGCUAUUCCGAUUUGCGAGAUGGAUUUUUUCUCUGGAGUGCUUGUACGACUUUGAGUUCUUUCCCGCAGAGUAUUUAGCAGAGGAAUCGAGCAGAGGACGGGACGAGGCAAGCUUGUUUUUAAGGCUUGGCGAGGUUUGUAUGAAAGACAUCACAGUUCGCUUUUGUAAUUUAAAGUAGACUUCUUAAAAUAAGUAAAGUCUGAAGCGAAAGAAGAUGGCUCUGCUUUUAUUUGAUGAACUACUUGAUGAAAAGAAGCAGAUGUUGAAGAGAGCCUAAUCAUGGAUUUCUGCUUUGAAAUUAAAAGGUGGGCUAAGUUCCAGUGCAGAAGAGCCUAGACGAGGUCCACAUGAUGCCACAGAAGACGCACGAUACCAAGAAGCCGAGGAAGACAAGAAGAACCAUGCUUCCGAGGAGAGUGACGUAAAAGAUGGAGCGGCAACUGGCGGUUGGAAACAGGUAGAAUCCAACGAUGAUAACCAUCACGGUUACUUUCAUACUAGAGCGUCAUCAUCUUGCUCCAGCAGUACGCCUACUAGAGAUAACUGUCUUCCUAGUGGUAGUACAACCAGUGCUGGUUUUAUUCCAGCUCACCGAAAUGGAGCAUCGUCAGUAUCGAGGAAGCUAGUGGACUCUGCGAAAGACUUUUGCUCAUCUUUCCGGGACUCCCUUUCGCGCAUUCUAGACAGCACGCGACGCACAAGGGACUGUGGUUCGACUACUGACAUCAACGUUUAUUACAUGCGUAUGAACGUCGCCACUGAUAAUCUUCAGUCUACUCUCGAUGACGACUCGUCCUCCAUCAACGACGACUACAACAGCAGUCGACCUAUUCUCAUCAAGAACAAGACUUUGAAGCACGUGAAGGCAGUGCUGUACGCAGUCGAGGACCUCUUCAACUGGCUACCGGUGUCCGGCAUCAGCGGUCGCUGCGUCGAGCACGUUGAGGCAGGGGACGUGAUUGCUUUUUCGCCUCCACUUUCCUCUGGCCCCAGUGGGGUGAUUAAGUCAGAAUACCGUUAAGGCUCAACUUUCAAUGGUCAUUGGGGUUGGUCACUGGGAUCGCAGAGAGGCUCUCCUUAGAAAACAGGGGAAAACACAGGGAGAACAAGUAGAGGGGUAAAGGGCCCUUUUCUUUCAGCAUCAGUGACCAAUGAAUGCUGAGCUUUAAUACCGGUUGAAGAUUUUUGCUCCGGGGUUCUGCGACAGACAACUCGCAACCUGUCGUUGCAGUCGAGGCAUGGUUCUCGAGUUUGUCGAUAUCGCGAAGAGUCUUAAACGGAAACGCGUAGAACGCUUUGAUACAAGUUCAGAAUUCGAUAGUGAAGAUGCUCUUGGUUCCUCGAUGGCAGAACAACAAAAUUUCUUACAACGCAGUAUUUGUGCACCAAUACAGGAGGCGGAUAGAAAAUGUGGAAUUGGUAGAACAGGAAGUCCCUCUAGGCCGAAGGUAGCUCUAGGUUCUGCGAAGAAGGAGGCGAAAAGACUGCAUUGGGAAGAAACACAUGGCGCGACAAGUCCUGAGGGAGGCAGGCUCGCUGAAACAAGUCCUAUUAAGGGCGGAACCACAAGUAGGGGAGUACUGAGUCCACCUAGAGGAGCCGCAAGUUCGUCAAGUACACAUGAUGAGGAGAAGACAUCUUCUUUUGCUAGUGUUACUGGUGGCAACAAUAGUACUAGCGUCGUCAACAGCAGUACGCACGUUGUCGCCAACAAAAUUACGAGCGGCACUGCUACUUUUACCGCUCUCAAAAAAGAAGCAUCUUCGAAUCAAAUAGCAGCACUGGAGUCCUCAUCAGCAUCAGCUCAACCCGGCGGGGCAACUUUUCUCAGACCACCCACUUCUUCAGAUAGAAAACCUAAUGCACUCUCACCACCCACUUAUUCAGAUAGAAAUAUGCUUAAUGCAGUAGAGUAUCAUAGUGACAAGAAGCCCAAGCCACGCAGGAGCACGCCGUCUCCAGCCGAGUAUAAUUAUGGUGACAAGAAGCCCAAGCCACGCAGGAGCACGCCGUCUCCGCCUCACAGUGCCAGUUCCUCCGACACGAACGAACGAUCAGUAGAGAAAGCGGGCAUUGGUGCUGCCAGUUCCUCCCACACGAACGAACGAACAGUAGAGAAAGCGGGCAUUGGUGCUGCCGGCGCUAUCCCGCGCGAUCGCUCAGGCGACCUGGUGGAGGCAGUCUCACCCUCCAGCAGUACUCAUGAUUCCGUAUUGAAGAUGGAAAAUUCAUCAUUAGCGGAGCCAUCAAGUAGUUCAACAAGUAGUAGCAAUCCUUUAGCUUUUUCUGGAACCCAAGAACUAGGGGCAAGCAACAAGAACAGCAAAGACGAUUACAGAGCCUCAACGUCACUUUUCGGUCCAGGUGGGGGUGACUUAGAGUUAGUGCCAGUAGUAGGAGAAGGACACAGCAACUCUGUAAAUUAUAGAAACCAGAAUGAUCAUCAUGAUGUAAACGUAAACCAGAAGAUCUUCACAAAUCGCCUGCUUAGUCCUCUAGGCGGAAGUGAUUGUUCUAGUCCAAGUAGCAGUUCUGGUUUGUCUAGUCCAGAAAGAGGUGGACGCGGAGGCUUAGUGGACUUAAAUUUCAGUCAACAUCAUUCUAGACCCGAAGCGUUUAUUAGGCAGUGCUCUGGGAAUGAGAAAGUAGACGACAGCUUCGAGAGUCGCAGUUUCUUAGAAGUUGGAUUGCAGGAACACCUGCAUCAUCAAAACAAACCUUCGCACAGCACGAAAGAUGAAGAAGCCGAUGAGGGUGGCUUCAAUACUAGAAACCUCCAGAAUUCCCCUGACGCAGAGUUAUACAGGAGUACUGGAGCGGCCAUUUGUGGAAGUCGAAGGGAUAGUAGCGAUGAGCAAGCGUCUUUUAAGGCUUCCUUUAUUUAAGCCAUCUCCCCAACAAGCAUCUUGAAGCUAUUAAAGGGCAUCCCUCUAAGUCUUCGGCGUCCAGUAGCUUUGGGCUAAGCGAAUUUCUGGCACCUCACCUGCGUGGUGCUCGGGGUACUAGGAUUCGGAGACGCUCGUCUCAUGGCUCAGGAGGUCUUGAGGCGACAUGGCGAGUCGUGUCUGGGAUGAAUAAGUCACAGUUAUGGCUGUUUCAGGAACUGUUUCGUCUUGUUAACGGUACAGAAUUGUGGCAUAUGGAGAAUCUUCAGAUUCCACUGGGUAGGGAAUUAGAUUUAUGUUGUGGCUUAGGGCUUGGGUUUGGGAUAUUAUGAUUGCUGAACACUUAAAUAGUCCUUGCGGUCUAAUCCUUUCGGCUGGCAGCUUAAGAACAGCGGAUGGAGCGGAAGUUUCGAAGACUGCCAGUUUUGACAAUUUGCAGUCCCUAGGCGGGGGUCUCAAUGACUCUUCCUCUUCGUCUAGUUAUGAAUUAGUGCGUGCUUGUUCCUGUCGUAAAAAUAGCAAGGUUGUGGAUCAGGAGUUUUCAAAAUUGAAAUACUUUGAUAUAUUUAUGAUACUCUUGUUCGCCGCCCCUGAACCUCCUUGUGUCGUAAUAUGUACCCUACUACUGAUCUGCUUCCUCUUAGAUCUCUCUAAUACCACUCUUCAGUCGUCUCUUCUAGCGAUGGCGAGUCAACUUCGCUAGCACUCAGGAGAGCCGUAGGAGGGAGUAGAUCGGCUUCAAUGAGGCGGUCUGGACUUGGUGGCUUGCAGCUUUCUCCACCUCGUAGCACUGCCAGUGCUCCGAUUCCGUUUUCCCAGCAUCAUGAUGAAGAGACUAGUACGACUUCUACAUUUAUGGGAAGAGGCAUUGGUACUAUUGGAAGGGCGCGGUCAGUUGACGGUCUUGGUGAGGGACGUUCUUGUUCUUGGGAGGUACAGAGUAAUAUACUUCUACAAGAAUCGCGUUCCGACAGUAAUAUGAUCUUCUCCCACAAGACGAGAAGACUAGUACGACGAAGAGGGCCACAACAUCAUGUUUCAGGUCCGAUGAUGCUGAGGUCUCGAAGCCACUUUCAAGAAGACGUUACAACUCAUGAGGAAGAUCAAGACGUUGCCGAUCAAGGAGAAGGCGUUGACGCUCAAGAAGACCGAGAGGGCUUAGCUUCUCCACUACAACUUGCUCCUUUACCAACCUCUUCAUCCUUGGCACCUGGAAUGUUGGAAAACUUUCAGUCUUUGCUGAGGAAUGCGUCCGCGUCACCGGUUUUAUUGAGUGUCCUCUCACCGGCAUCGGGACUGAGGUCACGAGGCGUGUCGGAUUCAGUGACCACAACAACAGCGCCACGAAGGAAACAUCGCGCGACUUCGGCUAGGGCGCGCAUUUCUAGGGCGCAUCGAACGAAGGGCAAGCGUGGCUACGAUUCACCUCCAAACAGGGGAAAUACUAUACAGCUAAGGCUGGGUGGAAUUUCAAUAUUUAUUCUGGCGUUCAAAAAGCUGUAAAUGUCGAGCCUGGCUGAAAAACAAAGGAUCGUGCUAGUCUUUUUUUUAAGUUCUAAUUCAAGUCCGCAACCGGUCAGUGCGCGAAAUCCGUGCGAAGAUUUUUAAUCCACGAGACUACGUUUUCUUCGUCCCAGUAGUAAGUACGCAAAUCAGACCACGGGAAGAUGCAAAAAUCCAUCUCGCUGAAGAAGGCCACGACUUCUAUACUUUGAAGAUUUACUCUUCUACGGGAGCGACAGAACUCAGCUAUUGCACGGUGCGCCGCGGCGAGUCGUAUACUUAUCAUGACGGGUUGCUCUGAAGAACGAUGGGUUCUUGCUUUCUUGGACUUUUUUUUUGGAAAAUUUUCAACGAACUUCUGCUGUAUGAAAUUUCAAUGUGCACUCUUCUCAAUCCGUUGCUUGAAAAAGACAGACACCCAGCAUCUGCCUGCAAGAGUCUUAUUCAUUUUCCGACCUUUCAAUAUUUAUCCUAGAACAUUAUACUCACUCCCUCCUAGUAUAGAGUUACCCCACUUCCAUUCUAUGCUUGCAUGCAUGCAUACCCACGGUGACGCCAAGAUUAUGGAUAUUCUUCAUUAAGACAACUGUUUUGGC